AUGAAAUGCUUUCAGGAGCUAUCUGCGUCAAAGAUGAAUCAAAUUAAGUCCUCAUUAACAAGUGAUGAACGUAAACGCAUUUAUAGCACACAAAUGAAUGAGGAAAGUGAACAUUUUUUGAGGGACAAUACUGAAGAUGGAGGCAAUGAGCGGAAUGAAGAAUUGACCAAUCUAAGAUCAAAUGAAAUGGAUCAAAACUUGUGGAAGGGUGAUGACGAAGAGAUGAAUGCUAGUCAGAAGAGGAGAAUCGCUAAACGAGAAAGUUUUGUUUACUACAAAAAUAAGCAAAAGGACGGCUUUGGGCAUAAGUUCAAUAAAACGAUAGCGUUAAUUCCUGGUAUGAAAUGCUCUUGUGGAUUCUCGCUUCCUCUUGAGCAAUCUCGACGAUUGUCAAGCACUGACCUGUACUAUAAAAUCGGUGAUCGCUAUCGAAUUGCCAGAUGGAAUGUCGAGGCGAUGUGGCUGCUUACCGAUGUUAGUUAUAACAAACGUUAUGAUGCCAUUCAGCUUUCGUUCAUCGAUGCGGCACGAAAUAAUCAGAAUGUCACCUGUAGAUGUGACAGUGUUGACAGAAGGAUGUGGGGUAAUUCUGCUGAGUUUGAACUGUUCGAAUACGGUUAA